CAUCCUCAACUCAGCUUUACUACAAGAGCUUCCAUCAUGGGCGUCACUGAGAUCAAGUCAUUCGAACAAUUCAAGGAGGUCAUCGGCGGCUCCAAGCCCACGAUCAUCGACUUCUGGGCAACCUGGUGUGGUCCCUGCAAGAUGAUCUCUCCCAUCUUUGAGAAGAUUUCAGACACGCCCGUCGGCGAGAAGCUCGGUUUCUACAAGGUCGACGUAGACGACCAGGAGCAAAUCACCCAGGAGCUGGGUAUUCGUGCCAUGCCCACGUUCGUCGUCUUCAAGGACGGAGACAAGAUUGACACCGUCGUCGGCGCUGAUCCCGCUAAGCUUCAGGCCGCCAUCAGCAAGUACGGCGCAUAAAGUUGACACUCACUUGACAAGCUGGUAUCUUCGGGUAGCGAAUGCCCACUUUCUCAACUCGAAACCCUCGAUGCACUUUAAUCAGAAUGACCUUG